GGAACGCUAAAAGCCAGUGGUGGUGGCAGUAGUACUCCUGGUCGUUGUGGCGUGUGAAGGUGGUGGCGUUGAUUCAAUGUGAGGUUUAGUGGGCCAGUUUUUCUCGUGGUCUGUUGAAUAACGGACGUAUGGCUGUACUCGGGACUUGUUUGAAUGACAGAGGAUGGUUUUACUACGAAUUAAGUGUUAAUUUGUGUGUUGAAAACUGUUAAUACUUGAUUUAUUAAUUAUUAAAACCCACCAGAAGUCUACACGACAAUAUUCAAAUAAAAAAUGACAGGGCAGCUGUUUUUUAUUCCAGAGGAUUUUUGAAAGUUUUUGGCUGUCUUGCAAAUGUGACAGAGACUUGAGUGCUUAUUAAAGUGAUUGAGUGAGGAUUCAAAGUCAAAAUGAAAGAAUUGGAACAAGUGCACGAUGCUCCAACAACUCGGACUCUCAAAUCUCUUCUUAAAAAACCCGGACAGGGUAAACAACGUAAUAAAAAUCGUGUUGUUAUCAAUGAGAAACUUAACGAAUUUUUUGCUGCGGAUUAUAUUAUUCUUAUCAAAGAAGAGUGUUGUGCAGACUACGAAGAAGAAUGUGACUGUUGUUGUCAAGAACCUGAGAUGAUUCGUUUGGGUAAUUGUAAAGAAUGCAGAGCUGAAUUUAACAGACAUUUAGCGAGUGGUGAAAUAGAUCCAAGAUUCAACCAUGAAAGAAAUGGAAAGAUUGAAUCUGAUUUGUCAAGAAGAAUGGGCAGUGAAGAGUCUCAGUGUGAGGAUGAUGAUGAGGAUGAUGAAGAAGAAGAAUAUGAAGAGGAAGUUGAUGAUGAUGAUGAGGAAAAUGAUGAAGCAGAAUCAUCAGAAGAAACAGAACAUCGAGAUCCCAUAUUGCAGACUCCAACUUCCCAACCCCAACAACAAGAAACUCUUAGUCCUCCAGAGGGUUACAAGGACGUCUGCGAUGAUGAUAUGAAAUCGGAGGUCGUGAGCAGUGAGCUGUGCCUUGGACCCGUUGUAGUUUGUGGCGAGUGUAACUACUACAACAACCGGCAACGAACGUCAGAAGGCGAUGAGUAUAAUCCGGAGAAAGUACAAGAAGAUGAGAAGAAUAAGAAUGUACAUGAGGAGAUUCAAGGGAAUGAUCAACAGCAGAUUAAUGAAAAAUCUCAGCAACCUACUACUGAUCUCCAUCAACGCUACCUUGUGGAGACAAUAACGAUGACGACAGUGACGGAGCGUCGAAUUGUGCGAGAGAUCAGUGAAGAUAAAAGCAACACAAGUAACGUCAGCAGCGUGGAGAACACUGAUACAAGGAUUACAGAGGUUAAUCCAAGUGCAAGCGAAGCGUUAAACGGACCAGAGAAUCAUGUAGGUACUGAAUUAAUCGAUGAAGACGAUAAAAAACAUCAAAAUAAGACAACUGGAUCUGAAGGUGAUAAAGAUACAACGGAUUCAAGUGAAUUGUCUUUAACAUUUAAGCUAGGCAAUGUAUCCCUAGUGACCAACAGUUUCAAACCAAACUCAGCAGUAAGGCAGUUAUUCCCUAAUCCUAAGUUUAUUUCUCCACCUCCAACCUUGAGUAAAGGAAUCUCGAGCGUUUUAUCUAACGACGAAGGCACUGAUAGUGAUGGAUCUGAAGCUCAAAGGUAUUUGGUGACAACCGAAAACCUUCGGCUAUUCGAUUCGGUUAAAAGAUCGAAAUUGGCAGGAUCUCGUAGUGAUUCAUCAGAAAGUGAUUCUUCAACAAUAAAACGUACAAUAGAACGGAAUGCUCUGCGAAGGAGUUUGGUUUGUAAGUACGAGACAGGGAAAAAAAAGAAUUCAAUAAAUAAAGAUUUAACGCUUGAGGAGAGAAUUCGACAACUUACAUGUGUUGAUCCUGAGGAAGAUACUACUGGAGACAGUGCUUCAGAUUCAGUAGUUAAUAAUGAAAGUUCUAAUCAAGAUCAAUUGCAAGAUUUGCCAAUUAGGACAUCUCCGUCAGGCGAAGAGAGACCAUUAAGAAAUGAGAGAGUUGUUCGACCGAAUAAUGAAUGUCAAGAACACUCACCUUCACCUCCACCCUCACUUCAUCACCAUCAUCAUCACCAUCACUACCAUCAUCAUCAUCACCAGUCUGCCUAUAAGAAAAUUACUGAACUGUUUAGUGCUAAGAAAGGUGACAAUAUGCCCGAUUUAGGUAUUGGAGAUAAAACUUGCAUGAAAUCACCCAAUCCAAAAGUUAAUACUGAUGCAAGAAAGCAAUUUUUGGCAAGUCUCGCACCAUUAUCAUGUGUCACAUCAACUGGAGUCGAUAGUCAACAUGAAUAUUAUCAAUUAACAUCUAAAAUAAAUAAUAGGGAUUCAGUUGGAUACAAUUCAGACUCUUCGUAUAGUUUAGAAGAUAUUGAAGCAGCUUUAAGGAGUGAUGAAAGGAAUAAUAAAAAUGCUGGACCACCAGAUGUUACUAGAGGAACACCAACCGGAACAGGACCUGAUUUAACUGAUUCUACAACAGAUGAGCUUUUAGCAUUUGUAGAACAAGAUAAAUCUAGAACAGAGAGAUUAAAAAGACGAUAUGAUAUGGAUGAUCAUAAAGAGUCCACGAAUAAUUUAGAUAAAAAUGGUAUUAGUCAAGGUGAUGAUGAAGAUGAUGAACUUAAUGAUUACGGCUUUAACAGAAGACCUUCAGUACGUGGAAUUAAGCCUCAAUUUGAAACAACAAGUGAAAUAGUACGACAGUUGCGAUAUCGGACAAUUCCAACUUCGAUUACCGAUAAAACGCGGGUGUUGCCACCAGGCUGGCCUUAUUACGACACGGAUAGCUUAGAGAAACAGCGAGUGUCAUUUAGUCAAGAUCAGGAAGAGAUUAAUGGCACAGUACGGGACAGUACGAUAAACCGUAUCAAUACAAUGCAACGACAGAUUGACGAUAUUUAUCAAACAAUUGCGGAAACUGCUGUCAGCGUACAGGGUAGUAUUGAACGAGGGUCGUAUCUAGAAAGUACUCUACCUCGUAAUGCACCUCGACUUUCAACUCCUGAAUGUCACCGUUACGAGCAAAAGAAUGGUACUCACUUUCAAGAUCAUCGCAUGCGAAUGGAGGUGCCAGCUACGAGUGUGUACAACAGUCUGGCUAAAACACGAAGAGCUACAGUUGCAAUCUCUAAUUAUCCCUGUGGAGUGAUGCCACUAGAGAAUGCCACUAAGUGUUAUCGAACCAUGUACUUAGUUCCCUACAAUGGCAUCACAGAUCCAACAUACCAAAAUAUACAAAGAAUUCUUCCACCUCACUCUUCUACUACUAAUUACGCUAAUCACAUUGAAAGAUAUCCUUAUCCAAGAAAUACUCGAGUAGAUCAUCAGCAAGUGCCUCGGUACUAUCCUCGAACACCACCUGGUACAAGUAUUACACCGAUACCUCCACCUCCACCACUACAUCUUCAUCUUCAUCAGCCAGAAGAUGUUGGAUUUACAGCAGGUGUUGGAAUGCAAACAAUUCAGCUACAGCAUCAUCAGCACAUAUCUCAUCAACUAGCAACCUACAAUGUCCAAUCCGUGCCAACAUAUACGGUGAUGGCUCCGUCCAGAACGGGUGGAUAUCACUCAUAUCCUCAUCCAGGUCGCAAUGCAGUAGAUAUACACACUCAUACCGUUUCAUUACCAUUAGCAAUGACAAACACAACUACUGUAUCUAGUGGAGGCUUCAAUGGAUCCAAUAAUCAUUUAACGAGUACUUCUUCAUCAUCAUCCACCUCAUCAGCAUUAUCAUCACCUACGAAAAUUCAACAAAUGAAUACCUUGUGUACUGCAGGAGAACGAGGAGUACCAGAAGGAGCAGCCAGUGCUCCAGCACAUGAUUUCGUUUCACAAGCAAACAAUACUUCAGCGCAUAAUUUAACCUCUUUUAUUGGACACAAUGUGCCUCCACCAAACACUCAGAAUUCUGUCUAUUAUGCCAUGAAUGUUUGAAGAAAUUUAUUAUUUUUCCUUUAUCUUAGUCAUUACAAAGUUAAAAUACUUCAAGUAUUCAUGUUACGACCAUCAUUUUUUUCUCUCUUUUUCUCUCACCUAUGCAUAUACAAUCUUCCUCGUUCAACUGUAAUUUGUGAAAAUUAUAUUUUUUAUCAUUUGUCACAAUCGCCUGAGGCGUGGGAAAGCGCUCUUUUAUCUUUGGUGUACAGAAAAAUAGUAUUAGAAAAGCAGGCAGCAGUGGCGAGUGUAUUUACAUGGCCAUUUUUUCAAUGUAGUGGACAGAAAUGAAAUUGUAAAAUAGAUUGAAUAAUGAACGCAAACACUUUUAAUAAUUAAUUGUAAAUAGAAAGUGUCAGGGAUUUUUAUUCAAAAUCACGACUAAAAGUCUCUUGAAGCUUUGAAAAUUUUUUUAGUAUAUUAUCACGAUCAUGACUACUGGUUUUAAUCAUUACUGUUAUUAUUUUUAUUGCUAUAAUUAUUUAAUAAUAACCAAUGAAUUCUUGGAGUGUGGUUAGCAAGUAUGAGAGACUUACUAACUAUUUAUUAUGCGUAUUGUAAAGCCAAAAAUUAGAUUUGAUUAUAGUUUUUAUCUAUAAAUGCUGAGUGAUCGUAAGGGUAAUGUAUGAGUUGUCUGGGAUAUUUUACAACUAGAUAGACAACUAACUAUUACUUGUAUAAAGUUAUUCAUAAUACGAAAUUAUAAAGAUUUAGAGAGAAAUAGAGAGAGAGAGAGAGAAAGAGAAAGUGAUAGACAUAGAGUCGAGUAGAUAAUUUUUGUGGUACAAAAAGUCCAAUGUCGUUUUAAAAUUUUUAAUGACCCGCAGCUGUUCAUUUCAAUAUCAUAUUAUUUAUUUACUACCAAAAUUAUAUAAUUAAAUUUUUUAACCUGUUUUAUUUUUUCAAGUGAAAUUGGUUUUAUUCAUUAUCAGAUAUGAUUGUUGAUCAAUUUAACUCGUAAAUAAUUUUGGAAGAUUGAGCAUUCCUUUAAUUAUUAAAUAAUGAAAUUUUUCAUGAGACUUUUCGUCGUGAAAAUUAAUAAAUAAAAUAAUUCUAUAAUAAAACAAUAACCAAAGUCGUAGAGUCGUUAGUUGUUGUUGUGAUACCUAAUGUUUUCAUCAGUAGAACAGUAGAAAUAAAGUAAAGUAAGCCAAAAAUCGGUAUUAUUUAAAGAAAACAAUAAAAGUAAAUGGGAAAAAGGUAUUGGAUUAAAAAAAAAAAUAACCAUAAUAUUUGAUGGUUGGUAAAAAUAGUAUAGUGCAAAACUCCAUUAUUGUUAUUCAGUAUUUGAAUUUGUCGGAAGUAAACUUGUUCAAAUGAUUUUUAUUUCUAUGACUGUAUGUAUGUAUGUAUGUAUGUAUUAUUAACACGAUAUGAUCGUAUUUGUUGUUUGAUAAACAUGUUUAUUAAUAUUAUAUGAACAGUUUUUUGUUCUUUUAUUAUAUUUAUGGAUGAAUUUUUUAACCAAAAUUUUAUAAAUAAUUUUACUCAUUAUUUAUU